ACAGUGGGUUAACUACCUGUUCAGGGACAGAACGACAGCUCGGGGGUUUGAACUUGCAACCUUCAGGUUACUAGUCCAACGAUCUAACCACUAGGCGACCCUGCCGCCCCAUAUAGCAUUUUGAAUAUUAGAAAACAACUCAUGUUUAUCAGAGUAAGCUGAGUUGUGCUCUCUCUUUCAAUACAAUAAAGUUAACCACAACUAAAUGUUUUAUUUGGACCAGAGAAUAAACCACAAUAGAUUCGUUGUUUCCGGGUACUGCGCGUCCUUCUUUCGUGGCUGCAGGAAACGGUGUUGAGCCCUAAAUCUGGUCUCAGACCAGUUUUCUCAACCUUCCCCAGACAACAAGCUGAUGCGUAAAACGGUGCCAUAAAACCACACACUGAUCCGCAGUCAGCACCAUCUCUAAUCUUCCAUCGCUGGAGUGCGCUGUCCUCUGUACAGAGUGAAUCGAGAGGACGUGUUGAUGACGUUUGCAAUAUCCAUUUUGUACAUUAUUCGCAUUUGUUGUCGAUUCGGUCGGACUACUGGCUUAUAAACACGUAUUUUUUUUACAGUUAGCCUUCCAAGGCUAAAUAAGAAGGCAUCCUGGAAGAAGCGGGUGAACCGAAGAUCCCUACGCAGCAUGGAUUCUAUGUAACUCCGGCAAAAUGUAAUGAGGAGAUGACUCCGGGAGAGAAAGAUCAACAGGGUACCAACCGUAUAGUGUUGGUCAAGAAAAUUAUCAUGAAAGAUGGGCCCACGCCGGGCCAUGGCAUUGGCAGACCCAGUGUCUCCCAUGCUGUUGUGGUCAUCUUCCUGGAGUUCUUUGCCUGGGGUCUCCUCACCACUCCCAUGCUGACAGUUUUACAUGAAACGUUUCCACAGCACACAUUUCUGAUGAAUGGCCUUAUUCAAGGUGUGAAGGGCCUCCUGUCCUUCAUGAGCGCCCCUCUGAUUGGUGCCCUGUCAGAUGUGUGGGGCAGGCGGUCCUUCCUAUUGGUCACUGUGUUCUUCACCUGUGCCCCCAUCCCGCUCAUGAGACUCAGUCCCUGGUGGUACUUUGCAGCGAUUUCCAUGUCAGGGGCUUUCUCUGUCACCUUCUCUGUCAUCUUUGCUUAUGUCUCUGAUGUCACCGAGGAGCAUGAAAGAAGCACAGCAUACGGACUGGUGUCGGCUACGUUUGCAGCCAGCCUGGUGACGAGUCCAGCCAUCGGGGCGUACCUGUCCGCGUGUUACGGUGACAACCUGGUGGUGUUGGUGGCUACGCUGGUGGCUCUGGCAGACAUCUGCUUCAUCCUGCUGGCCGUGCCUGAGUCCCUACCGGAGAAGAUGAGACUCAACACCUGGGGAGCACCUAUCACCUGGGAGCAGGCAGACCCCUUCCAGUCGAUGAGGAAAGUGGGAAAGGAUCCCACAGUUCUUCUCAUCUGUAUAACCGUGUUCCUGUCCUACCUACCUGAGGCUGGUCAAUACUCCAGUUUCUUCCUAUAUCUUAGACAGGUCAUUAACUUUUCAUCUGCAACAAUCGCAGUGUUCAUCGGGGUGGUUGGAAUCCUCUCCAUCAUAGCCCAGACACUUAUUCUCACAGUCUUGAUGAGAACUAUUGGAAACAAGAACACAGUCCUUCUGGGCCUGGGCUUCCAGAUUCUACAGCUGGCCUGGUACGGCUUCGGGUCAGAACCAUGGAUGAUGUGGGCUGCAGGUGCAGUUGCAGCCAUGUCUAGUAUCACCUUUCCUGCAGUGAGUGCCCUGGUGUCUCGCAGUGCAGACCCAGAUAAGCAAGGUCUGGUUCAGGGGAUGAUCACUGGUAUCCGAGGCCUGUGUAACGGUCUGGGCCCGGCGCUGUACGGACUUAUCUUCUUCAUGUUUAACGUAGAGCUGAACACAAUCGAUCCCAUCCAGGGAGAGUACCCCAUCGACCCUUUACCUGUUAACCCCCCGACUGAGAAAUCCUUGAUCCCCGGCCCUCCCUUCCUGCUGGGCUCAUGCACGGUGGUGGUGGCCUUCCUGGUAGCCUUGUUUAUCCCUGAGAACACCGAACCUCCUGUGGUGACCUGCGCUGACGCCAAGGAUACCUCCAUGCUAGCCGGCGUCCACAUCAACACCCCGUUACCGGGCAGCGACGAGGACAUGCCAGCGCCGACCAGCGACGAGGACUUUGAGCCCCUCCUGCAGGACAGCGUUGUGUGACUGAGGGAGGGCAGCAGGCCCCUCCUGUAGGACAGCGUUGUGUGACUGAGGGAGGGCAGCAGGCCCCUCCUGCAGGACAGCGUUGUGUGACUGAGGGAGGGCAGCAGGCCCCUCCUGCAGGACAGCGUUGUGUGACUGAGGGAGGGCAGCAGGUGGCUCCUGCAGGACAGCGUUGUAUGACUGAGGGAGGAUGGAGGGCAGCAGGCGGCUUUGGUAUUAUUACACCCAUCUAUGGGUACCACGCCCCCCAUGUAGCCUACGUAUCCCCAACGGAGGAGAGGGAGAGAGGCCUAGCUAACAAACCUCAAUAUUCUGUGCAACUCUGCACUGCACAACCAACCAGUCCCCGCUCCUGUCCCAUAAAAACUAGUAUUUAUUUUUAUUUUUUACCUGGAUUGGAUUUGCUGUUUAUGAUGUAGUGAUCUUACAGGGGAUGCUUUUUUUGGGGGGGGGGGUUUCACCUCUAGGACUUCUAAGUUUUAAUUCUGAAGGGAGCGACAGCGAAGAUGGUGGACCCAGCGGGCAAAAGUGGUUACUGGUUGGUAUCUGGUGCCAUUUCAACCAGGUUUGCCCGCUGGGUAGAUUGAGUUGUUCAAUAGAGGUAGAAGGGAAAGAGCUUUGCUGUGCCCGGCAUCUUAUUGCUUUAACGCAUCUUCAAGCUCAGCAUUUACUGUAGCCCACAUCUAAUGGUACCUCAACACAAGGAGGCUUGAACCGAGUCUGUGAAAUGCAAGGAGAUUAUGUGCCAGUAGUCAGUCAACAACACUUAAAAUAUUUACUUCGAAAGCUUGUUCACUAUGAGCAGCCAUAAGAUUACGACAUUAUAUAAUGGAUGAGAUGUAUACUGUAAGUCUGAUAUUUCAUGGGAGCUUCUGUUCACAGCAACUCAUAUCCUUCAGAGAGCAGUUAUCAUAUCAUUGUCUUAUAACUGGUGGGUAAACAUGGGAGAUUAGGAUGAUAGGAUAUUUGACAUAGGAAGAUUAGAUCUUGGUGUAAUUUUUACUCCCAAGAUCUCAACUUCUCACUUUAUUGUGCAGAGUUUUGGUACUUGAACCACUGGUCCUAGAGUAACUGCUAAAAGUGUUUCUGUAUAGUGAGAACUAUUUAAGAUAUUCACUGGAUGUGGCCUCCUGUCAGUAGGAGGCAGUGCUGAGGUGUGGAUGAUGCCAUUAGGUUAUGGUUGUCAUGGUUUUAUGCAGUGCUCUGCAGUUUCUGUUCAGUCUGUGAAAUCUUGAUUGCUACUGUACUAAAAAGGGUUUUUAUCUUAAAAUAUGAGGUAUUUUAUUUAUAUUAUCCAUACUGUAAAAAUGAUAUUGCUAACGUUCUGCAACAUAUUGACAGAAAUGUCUAGGCUACUCUGGUAGUAAUAAUAAUGUAUUUAACUUAGAGAAACAAGUUUUUACUGGUUUUCUUUUUGUAAUUUUUGGGAGAAUUUUAAAAAUUAUUUUAAUUUUAUUUUAAGUAUAACCUUACCCUGAAAUAUAUGAUGGGGGUGGAUUUUUUUGUUCUUGUUUUUUUUUUGUGUGUGUGUGGGGGGGGGACAAAAUCAUGACUUUCAAUCAUUGUUUAUUUUCUUUCACUAAAUAUGUCCCAGUGUUGCAAGCUACCUCAGCUUUAAAAAUGACUUAUUUUAACGCAAAACUAUCGUUAUCUCAAAUAGUUUUCACCUCCCAAGAGUAAAACUUCACUAACCCGGGGAUUAUAAAAUGUAAAUUAAGAGAAAGCAAUUUGACCUGAUCAAAUCCAUUAGGGGCACAUUUUUAUUGUACAUAAUGAUUAUUUUCUGUGAGGUUGUCACAAUGUGUAAAUGUUCAUAUUGUAUAUGUACAUACUGUAUUGAAUUAAAGGUAUUAGCCUGUAUACCUACAGGUUAGGCUUUUAAAAUUAA